GAGCGGCCAUUUUGAGCCGAGCCCGGAACGGAGCCCCUAUGGCCGGGCAACGGCGACCCUGUGGCCGGGAUUGAGCGCGCCAUGGAUGUGCGGAGGCUGCGCGUCAGCGAGCUGAAGGAGGAGCUCGGCCGCCGUGGCCUCGACACCCGCGGGCUCAAGGCUGAGCUGGCUGGGAGGUUGCAUGCGGCCCUAGAAGCCGAGCAGGCCCGAGGAGCGUCGGGCUCGGGCUCGGAUGGAGAGUCGCUCUCCGACGGACACUAUGGCAUCCGUGACAACACUCGCCAAGACAACCGGCAAGGAUAUCAGUCUUUUGAGCAUUUCAAUAUUAAACAGGAGAACGAGUUGGGUUACGAGCGGGGAUCUGUAAGCCAAGAUCGAUCAGAAAUGAAGACAGAAGUAAAGGAAGAGGAGGCCGCUCCCAGCCACAACAUAUCGGCGUCUGGUUACAACGCACCCCCCUCCAACUACAGUUCUUCCAUUCCUGGCUACAAUGCCUCAGCUUCCUCUUACAAUGCGCCCCCCUCUGGGUAUAACACCUCAGACUCCUAUCAGCCCUGGCAGCAGCAGCAGCAGCAGCAGCAGCCACAGCAGCAGCAGCCACAGCAAGGCCACAAGAGGACCUUUGACGAGUCCAGGGGGCGUGGAUAUUAUGAAUAUCGCGAGGAUAAAAGGGGUCGAUCUCCUCAGCCGCCGGCAGAAGACGAUGAGGAUGACUUUGACGAGUCCCUGGUGGCCAUCGAUACAUAUAAUUGUGAUCUCCAUUUCAAAGUUGCCCGCGAUCGAUAUAGCGGAUACCCUCUGACCAUCGAAGGAUUUGCUUUCCUCUGGUCAGGCGCACGAGCGACAUACGGGGUGCGGCGUGGAAGGGUGUGCUACGAGAUGAAGAUCAAUGAAGAGAUCUCGGUCAAACACCUUCCUCCCACUGAACCAGAUCCUCACGUAGUGCGUAUUGGCUGGUCACUGGAUUCAUGUAGCACUCAGUUAGGCGAAGAGGCUUUCUCGUACGGCUACGGAGGCACCGCGAAGAAGUCUACCAAUUGCAAGUUUGAAAAUUACGGUGAGACCUUUUCCGAGAACGACGUCAUCACUUGUCUCGUGGACUUCGAGUGCGGUGAUGACGUUGAAAUAUCCUUCAUGAAAAACGGGAAGUGGCUAGGGAUGGCCUAUCGACUACGGAAGGAGAAUUUGGGAGGGCAGGCCCUGUUCCCUCAUGUCCUGGCGAAGAACUGUGCCAUCGAGUUCAACUUUGGCCAAAGGGAAGAUACCUUCUUUCCGAUUCCACCGGGAUUCACCUUCAUACAGCACCUCCCGCUAUCCGAGCGAGUUCGGGGCACAAUUGGACCAAAGAACAAAAGGGAAUGUGAAAUCUUGAUGAUGGUGGGGUUGCCUGCCGCUGGGAAGACUACGUGGGCCAUUAAGCAUGCCGCAGCCAAUCCAGCCAAGAAGUAUAAUAUUUUGGGAACAAACGCCAUUAUGGACAAAAUGAGGGUAAUGGGACUCCGACGGCAGCGCAAUUACGCCGGCCGCUGGGACGUUCUCAUCCAGCAAGCGACACAGUGCCUGAACCGCCUAAUCCAGAUUGCAGCCCGGAAAAAGCGGAAUUACAUCCUGGAUCAGACAAAUGUUUAUGGAUCAGCCCAGAGGCGAAAAAUGCGUCCUUUUGAAGGUUUUCAACGCAAAGCUAUCGUAAUUUGUCCCACGGACGACGAUUUAAAAGACCGGACAGUAAAGCGCACGGAUGAAGAGGGGAAGGACGUGCCGGAUCACGCAGUGUUAGAAAUGAAAGCCAACUUUGCCCUGCCAGAAGCCGGCGAUUUCCUCGACUCGGUGGUUUACAUUGAGUUGCAGCGGGACGAGGCCGAGAAGCUGGUGAGGCAGUACAACGAUGAAGGCAAGAAAGCCGGCCCGCCCCCCGAAAAGCGGUUUGACAGCUGGGGCGGCGGCGGCGGCAGCAGUUUCCGUGGCCGAGGUGGCGGCGGAGGGUUUCAGCGCUUUGACAAUCGAGGCCCGCCAGUGGGCAGCCGGGGCGGCUUCCAGAACCGAGGAGGAGGAGGAGGAGGAGGUGGAGGAGGAGGAGGAGGAGGCGGCUACAGAGGCAGUGGUGGAAAUGGCGGUGGAAUCGGAGUUGGUAGCGGUGGUGGAAGUGGAG